AAGCCAUGUGUUCCAUGCCCUCACAGGAGCAGUCCCAUUUGUGUCUGAGGAGGCUUUGCAGGGAGAGAGGAAUAAAGGCUGAAGCCAGAGGGAGAAGUUGCUGGUAUAUUCCUGGUGAAGUCUGUCAGGUGCCAGUGUAAUAUCAAUAAAUAACGCUGGUGCCAUAUUUGGUAUAGGCAAAGAGAGCAGUUGAGAUAAUGGAGCACUACUGUAUAAAUAGAUCAGGCCUGACCUGACAGUGCUGAUUUUAAUGUUUGAAAGUAUGUUCAAAUCAACUUAAUUGAUCGAUUGCUGCUGAAAUGACCAGGGUAGACACGGGUAGUUUUCACUGUGAAAGCGUGCUUUUAUUCAGGUGCUUACACAAAGAAGUCUUAAUACCGAAUAAAAUGUUUCCCAAAUGCUUUCUAUAGUGUUCUCUUUGAGUAAAUAAAUACUAACUUGAGGGCAGAAGACACUUCUCUGGCUCUGUGGUCUGUCAGAGGCGCACCAUGUCCUUCAUGACAAAACACUAAACUCUCAUCAUCGAUUUCCCUCCCAGCACUUAAAGGACCCAAAGCGCGAACACCCAAAUCCUGCAUUUAAUAAUCGAGGAAACACUUAUGCCUCACAACCAAGCCCAGCUGCGCGCGCUGGGCGGGGAUGGGAGGAAACGAGGCGGCUCCGGGUCCCAGCCUGCUCCGCGGCCACGCAUGCUUCCUAACCAGCUCCCUGAGGCGCUUCCAGCCCGCUGCCUCAGGGCUUCCCAGCCCGCUCCGGCCGGGAUCGGGGCGGCCGAGCCCCAUGGGGUGAAGAGCGGAUGGCGGCGGCCGCGCUCCAGGAGGCUGAAAUAGACGGUUUAAAAAGAACAGUUGGACAUAGCUCUUGACUACAAUCAACCUGAAGCCAGUUUUGCAUCCUGUUCUUCAUUCCGGCUCAAGAAACACAUGCUAAUACUACCCAUGGCAAAAGUGAUGGAACAAAUGGUGUUAGGUAUUUCCUGCACUGGACUGGGCAGGCUGGAUUCAGAAAGCACAGAGGCUCAACCCUGAGGUGUAGACUGUAGACAUUUCCUACUGGAGUAAGGCACCUGCGAUGGAAAAAAAAAAUGUUCUCCUAGUCACAGAGGAAGUUUGAUUCUGAUUACUGGUGUGUUUUUUAAAGAACAACUGAUGAUACAAAGGACAAUGCACAGUGUGUAUCCUGAUGACAUUUUGUGUGCUGCAACAUGGUUCUUGUCAUGGCAUCUGAGACUGAAAAGGCCCACGCUCUUCUCCAGACUUUCAGCACAGCAUCAGUUAUUUCUAGUCUAAGUUUGGGGAUAUUCUGCUUUGUAGCAGACAGACUCCUGCAGUUCUCCUUCAUUCAGCAAAAUGACUGGCUCCGAGCCUUAUCUGAUAAUGCAGUGCAUGGUAUACUGGGGAUGUGGUCCUGGGCAAUAGUGGUUGGACUCAGGAAAAAAAGUGACUUCACUGAGGUCACUCUGGCUGGCUUCCUUGCCUCUGUCAUUGAUGUGGACCACUUCUUUCUUGCUGGAUCUCUGUCAUUAAAGGCUGCUCUGACUCUUCCACGGAGACCACUUCUUCAUUGUUCUACGGUGAUUCCUGUGGUGGCUCUGACAUUAAAGUUUAUCAUGCAGCUUUUCAGGCUUAAGGACUCAUGGUGCUUUCUUCCAUGGAUGUUGUUCAUAUCCUGGACUUCUCAUCAUGUCCGUGACGGGAUUCGUCAUGGCCUCUGGAUCUGCCCAUUUGGAAAAACUCCUCCCCUGCCGUAUUGGCUGUAUGUGGCAAUUACAGCAUCUUUACCUCAUCUAUGUUCAUUUAUUAUGUAUUUAACAGGCACUAGAGAAUUAAUGUCCAUAAAACAUGGAAUCCGCAUUGAUGUAUAGGAAUAAUGGCUUUUAAAGGUGGUUUGCGCUAGCACUUGAAAUAACCUGCCUGUCUGUCACUGAAGGGUUUCCUUGUGUUUCCUACACCUUCUGAAUUAGGCAUUUUAAGGUUGUGUUUACAGCUCUUGUGUCAAUUCCUUGUGGUUACAGAACCUAUUUAAUGAAUGAUAAUAAUUUUAUAUCUGUACAUUUCCCUUGUACAGUGUGUGGUCUUCCAUGAUAGUUCAUAGCGAGCUGAUUAUAAAGUACUUAGUUCCUCUCUGUAGUAAUUACAUUACAUUUUUACAUUUGAUCACCAUUCACUUUCUCUCUGGAGAAUACAUUUCAUCCAGAUAGUAUUUGUAUAGCACUUUAAAAAUGUGAUGUUCUAUAUAAAUACUAGGUAUUAUUGAGGAUUUAAUAGUGUAUGGCAAUUCUAAAAAAAAUCCCUCUGUUAGCCUUUCAAAUUUAUUAAUAUGUUAGGAGUCCUGCUGGACUCUUGUAUUCAACCAUUUUAAAAGAAUACCGCCUGUAUUUCACACUAUCUAUGCACACCUCUUUGAACCUGUAAUAACAGAGUAUUUUUCUAAAUUCUACAUCCCCCUGUAGUUGUGUGGUACUAAAUUUGCAGAUAAUUACUAGCUUCAAAAUUAGAAAGGAGUAGACAGUUUGGUUAUAGUAUUAUGGUGUGUUGGCCAAAUUGUUUAAUGUUUUAAAAUACAUUCAUUAUGAAUACUGUUUAAUUUGGAACCAAGGAAUUUUAGUAAAUAUUUAAGAAUUGUGUGAAAAUUCAUGGAGACACAAGAAAAUAAAAAUUGCUUGUAACACAGGUUUGCUUAAAGACAUUACUACUCAGUAAAGCAUUUUCCAUUAAGUGCAAUAUCAUCCUCAUAAGUGUGAAAUGAAAUGCAUUAUUAUUAUUAUUGUUGUUGUUGUUGUUGUUGUUCAGAAAUAUAAAUUUCCUCAUAAAGAAGAUCCAUAAGGAAAAGUUAUAUUAUGCUGCAGUUUAUGAGGUAGUAAUUUGCACUAUGGACUAUUCAGUUUUCAUUUAUGGACAUUUCUCAGAAAGAGUCCCAAAUUAAAAGUUGUCUGGUCUUGUCUAAUUAGACAAGACUGUCUAGACUUGUGUAGUUUAUGAUGUACAAGCUGAGAAUGUCUAUUAAUAAUUUUUAAAUUUUUUAUUCACUGCCCAUUAAAGAGAUGGGGCCUUAACUACUCCAGCUUGUGAUGAAUAGCUGUCAAAGGGGAUCAUUUUUAUGGAACUGCAUGUAUAAGGUAGCAUGUGUUUAACUUAGGUUACCAAGGAAUGUAAGGGUUUACAUGAUGUGUACAUUUACAUUAUUAAAUGUAUAUUAGAAUAAAAUUUAAACAAAAUUAUUAAAUAGCAUGCCUGUCAUAAUGAAUACCAGAAACUUCCUGUGGCUGUGGAAUACUUAAGGCUGUUCGCAGCACUCUAUGCUAAUCACAGAAAACGUUGCACCUCUUUUAAAAUGUGUCUUUGCACCAAAAGUAUAGUCCUGGUCCUGUCUGUUCUUCAUAUUAGAAAUGAAUGCCAAUGCAAACUUGCCUGAUAGUACAGCGGGCCUGUUUAGCCUUUAUUAUAAAAUUAAUAAAAGGGUUUUUGUGUUUGAAAGAAAAUUGGAAGAGCAAAACAUUCCUUAGAUGGUUAUCCUCAUGCUGUGGAUUUCUGUCCUUUGGAGUUUUCCAGAAAUAGCAUAAGAAAUGUCUUGCUUUAGAGCCCUCAGAUCACAAUUGGUUUUUAUUCAAAGGCACUGAUGCAUUUUUACAGGUGCAUUUCUCAUUCAUUUACUUAUAUCCUGUAUGUUAAACUGCAGGCUAUGAAAUGCCAAUAAUGAAUAAAUUUUGUGCAAGGGGUGAACACUGAA